ACUUCCUGGUCACCCUGUGUAACGACAGCUGGCGCUUGCUGUGCUGCGGUAGAAAUGGUUUAUUAUUUCACCAGCAAUGUGGAAUCUUCACCAUAUACAAUAUACAUGGGAAAAGAUAAAUAUGAAAAUGAGGACCUAAUCAAGUAUGGAUGGCCAGAAGAUGUAUGGUUUCAUGUAGAUAAAUUAUCUUCAGCUCAUGUAUACCUUCGAUUAUACAAGGGGCAAAUGAUUGAUUCCAUCCCAAAGGAAGUACUAAUUGACUGCGCUCAGCUAGUUAAAGCUAAUAGCAUUCAAGGAAGCAAAAUGAACAAUAUAAAUGUUGUGUACACUCAGUGGUCUAAUCUAAAGAAGACUGGUGAUAUGGAUGUGGGACAAAUAGGAUUUCACAGGCAAAAAGAGGUAAAGGUAAUUGCAGUAGAGACAAAGAUAAAUGAAAUUUUAAACCGAUUGGAGAAGACCAAAAAUGAAAGAUUUCCAGAUUUGGCAGCUGAAAAGGAAUCUAGAGACCGUGAUGAGCAAAAUGAAAGAAAGGCGCAAGUUCAAGAAAUGAAGCGAAAGGAGAAGGAGGAGAUAAAAAGGAGAAAAGAAAUGGAUGACCUUAGGAGCUAUUCUACCCUUAUGAAAUCUGAAAACAUGAGUAGCAAUCAGGACUGUGGUUACGACUCUGAUGAUUUCAUGUAAAGUCCACUAACUGCUAAAAGAUAGACAUUUUAAAUUGGAGGAUUUUCAGGCCUGCCAAAAUCCCUUUUGCUUUUGACAUCUGCUUGAGGGACAAGUAUCUUUUUGGAGUAUCAAGAUGUUUGCCUUGUCCUGUGAUCUUCUAAGAGGAAAAUGAAACUUGUAAGCAUUUGUUCCAUUCAAUUGAAUUUCAAAUGGGCAAAUUCAAUUUUGAUGAGCUUGGUAUGUAUGGAUGCUUAUUUAGGAGAAUGGCUUAUUGCUGGAAACACUUUUGCUGGAAUUUUUAAAUACCGAAAACAUGAACUAUUAAAAUAAUGAAGUCUCAUUCAAGAAAAAUGUCAAUUUUUGGGGGGCAAUGUCCACAAGAUAUUUUGUACUGGGCACAAAGCUAAAGUGAAAUGUUUUCUUUGAGGAAGUCUUCUGAUCUUCUACUUGAUUAUGCUUAAUAGUCAAAUAGAUACAAUGCUGAACGUAACCUACUGAAAUCAUACUGCAUUUAUGUAAAAAGUAUAAAUGUACCAUUAAUUAUAAAUAUCAGGAUAUGAAAAAGAAUGUGUCCUAUAGCUGAAAUGUUCAUCUGUCAUUGAUUAAUCGAUAUUGGUUAACUUGAUGGCUUUCAAUAUUUUACUUAAAUGUAUGCUUUUCUAAGUUACUGAGGAAUUAAUAUUCUCCGGACUAACGCUUCUUGUCAUAGAAUCAGUACAUUUGAUGCAUGCGCUCUUCCCCUCCACAGUAGAAGACUUAUUGUGGCAAGACUGCACCUGAUCUUCAUCCUAUGAUAUAACCAUGUGUUACAUGGUACAUGCGUUGCAUCUUAUUUUAACUCUUGUUCUGUUGAACCUAACUCGGGGCUAACGGUUACAAGAAUGAUCACCCAAAACGAAACUAUUUUGAGAUGUAUUUGAUCUUUCCUGGUGUUAAUUGGUUGUUGGGUUUCUUCCACAAAAUUCCAGCAGCUUUUCAUGGAUGUUUUGUGAUUCAAUAGAUCAUAGAGAAACCCUAGCCCAAUUUUUUGGGGGGGCAUUAAGGC